CCUCCCUGCCGGGGCACCCCCACCAUGGGGACGGCUCUUCCCACCCUACACCAGGACCCAUGUGGCUUCUGAGCCACCCACGCACCCUCAAGGUUUGGAGCCGGUGCUGAGCGGAGGGAUGGGCAGUGCCAGCCCCGGGCUGACUGCUCUGCCCCCCACCCGCCUGGCCCGGCCGGACCCUGCCCUGCUGAUCCCCCCAAGGGACCCCGACCCCCGGCAUUGGGGUUGCCCGGACAGCCCCAGCCCCCCCACGACCCCCGAGCAGCCCCUGCCCACCUUCUGCCUGCACUACUUCGACAUGCUCUACCCGGAGGACAUCACCUGGGCCAGCAAGAGCAUGGGGGAACCAUCCCAAAGCGGGGUGCAGGGGGGGCGAGGGGAGGUGCAGAAGGAGCCGGAGCAAUGUCCCAUCAUCGACAGCCAAGGUUUGGGGCUGGGGGCUGAGGGGGACCUGGGGGCCAACCUGCCCCUGGAGGAGCAUUCGCUGGAGCAGGUGCAGGCAUUGGUGGUGGGGGAAGUGCUGAAGGACAUCGAGACAGCCUGCAAGCUCCUCAACAUCACUGCCGACCCUGCGGACUGGAGCCCUGGAAAUGUCCAGAAGUGGAUCCUGUGGACCGAGCACUCAGUACCGGCUGCCCCCAGAAUUGGGAAGUCCUUCCAGGAACUGUCAGGAAAGGACCUGUGUGCCAUGAGCAGGAGGCAGUUCUGCCAGCGCUCCCCUGCCUGCGGUGACAUCCUGCACGCACACCUCGACAUCUGGAAGUCUGCUGCCUGGAUGAAGGAAAAAGCUGCCCCGGGAGAUGUGAGAUACUGUGGAGGUGACAGCAGCUGGGCUGACAGUGAGGUGGACUCAUCCUGUGCUGGGCAACCCAUCCACCUCUGGCAGUUCCUCAAAGAAUUGCUGCUGAAACCCCACAACUACGGACGCUUCAUCCGCUGGCUCAACAAGGAGAAAGGGAUCUUUAAGAUCGAGGACUCCGCGCAGGUUGCUCGGCUCUGGGGCAUCCGGAAGAACCGCCCCGCCAUGAACUACGACAAGCUGAGCCGCUCCAUCCGGCAGUAUUACAAGAAGGGAAUCAUCCGCAAACCCGACAUCUCCCAGCGCCUCGUCUACCAGUUCGUCCACCCGGUCUGAGGGGUGGUGACAAAGGGGACAGCCCCGGCAGGGACCUUCCCCUCCUCCUGGGGCCACAGGAACCAACCACGGGCACAACCACCCCCCCCCACACCCACCCGGGACCCUCUGGAUCAUGGGACCCCUCUGCCCACCCCCCCGUCCCUAAACUUCGGAGGGGAGGGAUGAACCCCCCCGAGCUAAGGGGUCACCACCCACGAGUGUCCCUCCGGGGGUGGGCAUGGACUUCGGGGCUGAUGGAGGGGAUUUCAAGCUCCCUGCAGCCUUGGUGCCCCUCAGCAGGGAUUGAAGGUGGGUGUGAGGCUGGGGGCCACCCAGAGGAGUUGGACACACAGGGAUCCUGUCCCCAGGUCUGUCACACCCCCCCAGCACGUUGUCCUCUCCCCCUGCAGCCUCAGGAAACCCCCAGGACACCCCCAGGACAUGGGGCUAAGGGAACAUCCCAGCAGGAGACCUCGAUAUCCCCAUUGGCAUCGUGCCCCAGGGCUGCUUUGGGGGGGGACACACACAAUGCUAUCAGGGCCACACUCCCCUCUGGACAGACCCUGUCCCCCCCUGUCCCCACCAGCCCAGCUGUGGGACCAGUGACAUCCUGCUACCCCCACAAGCAGCUUCUGACCCUCAGCCCUGCCUGGGAUGGGGUGGGGGGUUGUGUGUGCUCUGCCCUUUGCUGCCUUUCACCCCUCGGCUGCAAAACCGCGGCUUUUUU